AAAUAGCUAUAUAAAUUGUUAGUAUGUAGAUUUUCUAUAUUAUAAUAUAUCCUAUGUUAUAGAUUUAUACUUGAUAUGCUAUUAAUAUUGUGUUGCUUAAAUAUAAUGGAAGGUAGCCUAACAAACAAGAAUUGUGGAUCAAACACGUGGGCAAUGGCUGGAAAACAUUUGUCCAAACAUCAAGCCCGAUGAUACACGCGUGAAGCUGUCCGAACUCCAUAUCUUACUGGAAGAAAGGGAAACAUGCUGAACUACGCACUGAGAUCGGGUAGAGCACUGCCUCUACAGCAGCACGGAUACAAUAAUCUUACCAACAAGAUCAAGCCUUCUUGUGGCGUGAGAUUUGCAUCAUCAUCUCAAUCUCAGGAUAACAACAAGGAUCCAAAGUCCAAAACCUCGGAUACCAUGUCUUCAUUUGGGGAAGGAUACACAACAAGGUCUGAGGAAGAGGGAUUUGGUGGAAUCCAUGGCGGAAACCAAUCCCCUAAUAAUAGUGAAAAGAAUUCGUCUACAGCAGGUGAAUUUGACGAGAGUCAAGGGAGUGAUGUGAAAGAGAAAGAAACAUCUAGACACCAGACCAAGACAACACAAUCCUAAACGGCUACCUACAUUAUUAUAAUCUUUUUUUUUUAAUUAUUUUUUAUGUAAUAAUGACGCGCCGCUACGACGCACGUAUCAUAUUUCUUUCGAGUUAUUUGUGGUUUAUUUUAAGAGAGACUCAUAAUUGCCUUCAAA